AUGUGUACUCAUAGAAGCGUAAAUUCAGUUUACGCCAUAGUAUGGCACUAUGCUUUACGUGAUAUCGUGAUGAUUAUAACGUACGGAUCUGUACGCUUUGCCACGCUUUGCUAUUCAUACGACGUCAGCUCAUCGAUUCUGUCUGAGCUGUGUAAAUAUUGCGAAGACGUCGUCAAAGCUGGACGAAUCGGAGCGGAUACCGACGCCCAACGAGAGCAGUUAUACCGAAGAACUCACUUAGACGAUGAGCUUCGGAAUCUCGGAGGGGAUAAGAUAUCUGAACGGAAGCGACUCGAAUCCUCAUUCGCCGCCCGUUUCGACUCAAGUGCCGAGAAGCCGGUGAAUCGAAAACGAACAAACACGGCUUCUAGUGGUGGUGGCGAGAAAAGGACGGCAAACAAGAUCUGCCGAGUUUGUGGGGACAAGGCGUUCAGCUACAAUUUUAACGUGAUCACAUGUGAAUCAUGUAAAGCGUUUUUUCGCCGAAAUGCCAAUAAGGAAAGAGAGAUUCGAUGUCCGUUCAAUGAGCAGUGCGAAAUAAACGUUGUUUCGCGACGAUUCUGCCAACGAUGUCGCCUGGCCAAGUGUUUUGACGUAAGCUGUUUUUAG